AGGCAGGUUGCCAACGCUUCAUUCAGUGCUGCUUGGAAGGACUGGCACCGGGGGCGGCUGUGAUCAACACCAAUUGCUUGGGAUGUAAUUUUUACGGCGUCUUUUCAUUCUGUUGCACCAACAGGAGCGUCUGGAGUACCUCUGGGUAUCAGUCUCUCUUUUUUCCCCCACCCAGCGGUUUAACAGCCAUUGCACCAACAAACAAAAACGUGUCGUGGUCCACCUCAGUGAGGAAACUCUCCCUUGCUUCGACCGAAACUGUUCCAUCGCGCGAGAGAGUCCUAAAAAAGAAGCAAACCUGCAACACAGCAGCUAGCGGCGGGCUACAUUAGCUGGCUAGCUAAGUUGGCUAACUUUGUUGGCAAGCCUUGUGGACAUGAGGCGUGUUGGUAACUCUGUUGUUCCUGUCUGGGCUCUAUUUUAUCUGUAGUUGUCGCUGUCUGAAUUACUCCACAAAUGAGAUAGCAGUUACACAAUGUUAGUUGUAGUAGCAAAAGUUAGCUAACGUCUAGCUAGCUUCCAAGCAAUGCUAGUUAUUUUUUAUUUUUUUUUACGUGACUCAGUGGCCGUUAAUGAAUAUCGUCACAUCGGGUGUUGUCUGGCUCCGACGAAACACUGCUGCUACUGCUGCUGACUGUGUCCUGUCACGGCUGGGAGAUAAAGGGAAAUAUUUGGCAGUUGAUUCAGAUUUUCAGUAGCCCAUGAUGGGAUCUCUGAAGGCUCUCCAGGAGUGGUGUCGGAUGCAGUGUGAAAAUUACAACGAUGUGGAAAUACGGGACAUGUCAGCGUCGUUUCGGGACGGUUUGGCUUUUUGUGCCAUCAUACACCGUUACAGACCAGAUUUGAUAGACUUUGGCUCACUGUCGAAAGAAAACGUCUACGAGAACAACCGACUGGCAUUUGAAGUGGCUGAGACACAACUGGGUAUUCCAGCCCUGCUGGACCCAGAGGACAUGGUGUCCAUGAAAGUGCCGGACCGGCUUAGCAUCAUCACAUAUGUCUCCCAGUACUACAACUUCUUCAACAACAAGUCUCAAGCAAACCCUCCUUGUUUGAAGAGGCUGAGUUCUGCCGGUCAGAAUGAGCCGGCCCAGAAAAGGCCUCCGACGCCUUUGGAAGACAAAGUGGUGGAGACAGACCCGGUCCAGCCUGUGCAGACAAGUGCAGCAGCAGUCAGGCGAAGCACUAUCAGCAGCACCUGUGCCGCCUGCCAGAAGCAUGUCCACCUGGUGCAGAGGUUUCUGGUGGACGGCAAGCUCUACCAUCGCAACUGUUUCAGGUGCACAGAGUGUCGAAGCACUUUGCUUCCUGGAUCUUACAAAUUAGGAAGUGACUCUGGAGCAUUGGUCUGCACACAUCACAUUACAAGGCACGCUAUAGCCAAUCAGAAUGGCCGGCCAGAUCUCAGUAAGAGGCCAGCGGUGGUUCAGUCUGCCAGGAUUGGUCGCAGCACAGUUCAUCAUUCUGCGCCCUCUGAGAGGGACCAGGAACAGACUCCUUCUCCUGCAACAAAUGAUACUGACACGCCUGCCAAUGAGUCGGUCAUCGUCGCUCCUGUUGUAUCGAACACGGCAGACUCUUUGGAAACAGUAAAAGAGAUGGGUGGUAGUGCAGAGACAGAGGAGACACCACGUUCUUCUUCUCCUCCCAACCCUUUUGAUGAGAGCGAUGAAGAGGAGGGUGAGGAAGAACAAGAAGAAGAAACACAAACACCAGCCAAAUGUACAGCAAAUGGGGACCUCCCUACUACACCCGUCAAUCAUCCUGAAGCUGCCAGUCGACCAGUACCUGCACCUCGCCGGGUUUCUGAACCAACUCCUCCACCUCGUCCAGCCCCUCGGGUUCGGUUACCUCGCACAUCAGAUGGCCUUACAGCCAGUGAACAUCUGAAGCCUCCAACUCCUCCCAAACCUCGAGAAAGAUCACAGUCACCUGCGAGUGGCACCCAUAAACCCAAAGACCCACCGUGGCUGGCCCUGGUCCAAUCAGAGCCCAAGAAGAAGAAAGCCCCUCCCCCUCCCCCCGCUGGACUGGCGACACCUCCAAACACAGGCUCUCUGUCCUCUCUCAAAGGGGACGGCUCCAGACCCAGCACGCCCCCUCAGCCCUCCAACCCGUUCGAGGACGACGAUGAAAACAACGAGGUGAAUGACGAAGACGGGAGCGAAGGUAGAGCGCUGCCACCCACGCUGGUGGCGAGUCAUCCAUGGUACAGCAUCACUAAGGUAGCAGACACGGCGGGUGCAGACACUCCCCCCACAGGAGGCUCAUCCCGCUCUGCCAGCCCUGGAAGCGCCAAGAACAAGAAACGACCGGCACCUCGAGUUCCACAUCCACCUGCUGGUAACCAAGCUCUCUCUCACUCUCAGCCCUCCUCUUGCUCUCCCUCUCCAGCUCUCAGCACAGAGAGUUUGUCGUCUGGCUCGGACCACAGCUCCUCUCAGCUGCCUCUGAGCGGCAGUGCCAGCAGCGACCAGGAACACGCCUUCACCAAAAGCGUCUCAGAGCCUUCCAUCUGUUCGCCGUGCGACUCGACAGCUUCCCCUUCCUCCUCCUCCACUGAGCGUCUGCCUCAUCCCUCCCCAGGCCCCCACCCUUCUCCCAUGCCAUCAUACGCUAGCUCAGCUCCAGCCACCCCACAGACCAGUCGCAAUUCAGCCACCGAAGGCCCUGGAGCUCCUCCACCACGCCCCACCACAACCCCCAGCCCACUGGCCACAGAGGCUGCCCAGUCAAUCAACAAGCGGAUAUGUAAGGAGAACCCCUUCAAUAGGAAAGCUUCUCCCUCACCUGCUAAAUCUAAAAGGAAACCUCCAAAAGGUCCACGUCCUGCCAGACCUCCAGCACCCGGCCAUGGCUUUCCACUCAUUAAACGCAAGGUACAGUCUGAUCAUUACAUCCCAGUGGAGGACAUCCAUGUGGAGAUGAGUCAGCUGGAGAAGCAGCUGGAUGAGUUGGAGCAGAGAGGAGUGGAGCUGGAGAAGAAGCUGAGAGACAACCCUAACGAUGAGGAUGAGGAGCACCUGCUGGUGGACUGGUUCACUCUGAUUCACGAUAAACACCUUUUAGUCCGCCGAGAAGCUGAGCUGGUUUACACGGCGAAGCAGCAGAACCUGGAGGAGAGGCAGGCUGAUGUGGAGUACGAACUGAGGUGUCUUCUCAACAAACCAGAGAAAGACUGGACUGAAGAGGACAAGAGUCGGGAGCAGGAGCUUAUGGCUGAGCUGGUUACCAUCAUCGAACAGCGCAACCAAAUAGUCAACAACAUGGACCAGGACAGGCAGAGAGACGAAGAGGAGGACAAACUCAUGGAGGCCAUGCUGAAGAAGAAAGACUUUCAUAAGGAACCAGAGAGCAACCAGCAGAAGAAAAAAGGGGCAAAGUUUAAACCCAUUAAGGUGCUCAAGCGACUGAGCCAUAAAGGAGAACCGGGAAAGAACCAAAGCCCUCACAAGGAGAAGAGCUAAAGAGCGGAAGAUAUAUCUACUUCGAGAGGAUAUUGGACAGUUUUAACAAGACUAAGGAAAUUUUAAAAAGACGUGGGAAAAUAAAUUUCUCAGUUCAAGAAGACGGCAUCUUCUCUAACUGUUAAGUGCAACCCAGACUCCACUCCCUGCUCUCUAAAAAGUUUAUUUUCAGUUGCCUUUGUGUGUUUCAAAGAGACCAUCUAACAACUCAAGUGCUUUAAGAGCUUUAAGCUCUGAAUAUUCAAGCUAGUGAAGUGUAGAGCGGGUUUAUGUAUUACUGCACUGAUCUGUUGUAUGUUGUUGCUUCACUUUCCCUGCAUUGCACAGCGACUCUGUCCUUUAGGCCUUCAUCAAGGUUCAGCAAAGGUGUCUCGUCUGUUCGCGCUGAAUGAAGUUAGUUUAUGUUGAUCCCCAAUAUCGAUGAGUUUUUCAUGUUUUUACUCUUAACCUGACGUACGCUCCUUCAAUAUCCUCUCCUGUGCUCCUUCAUAGGAUGGAUGUCUGAGGUUUAAUGUCAUAUUUAAGCCUGUGGUACUAGUAGAAUUAAAAGGUUUUUAAGAUAAAAUUUGCUUUAAACUUCAACAUGUACUCUUAAAAUCCUCAAUCAACAAAGGAUACCUAAAGACUUGUAGCUGCUAUAUUGUUUGUCAUUUCCUUGUGUUUACGAACGUAGAUACAGUAUUUAUGAGUGGGUGUGACUGGAGAGAAAAUGUGAGGAGUAGAAUAUUAAAAAGUAUCAAACUGCAGAUGUCUGUUUUAAUACAAAAGGUCACACAUGCAAUAACCGUAUUUUAUCAACGGUAGCCCAUUUUAUAACAGUUUUAACCACUGGGGAAAAAUCUGAAUAUGCAAUCAUUAAUUUUAUAUUUUAUUAUGCCUUUCUGUUCUGUUUCGCCUUAAAAUGGAUAGAAGAAAACAUGUUAAUAUUGAGUGUUUGAGUGCCAUUUAUUUAAUUGCAUACGUGGGUGAACAUCGUCCGUUCAGCUAAUGCUAAUGUAUGUAAGUUUACUCAUUCUGUUCUUGUUUUGUCAUCUAGUUUAUGUAUUUGUCCUCCAUUUUAAAUGGUAAUCUCUGUUAUGUCUGUUUCUGCUCUGUGCCUAUUUACCUGUCCAGCUGAAACCAAGGGCUUCUGUAGCGCCACACUUUUGUCAGCUAUACAUUGUCGUAAACCAGCAGCAGGAUUAAGUAAAAUACUGACACUGGAAGGCAGAGGAAUAAAGAAAGUUCAUGCAAGUA